AUGACACGUAAAAAUGAUAAUAAGCGAGCAUUCUAUGUUGUUCAAUUCAUAGAAUUGCCUUUUGAAAGUAUUGACGAUUACGUAUGCGUGCCGAACACGUGGCUGAUAGUACGUAAAGCGACGGAUGACAAGGUCGUUGUUGCGUACCCUAAAGACGAAGAUCCUUUUGAUACAAGAGAUCGUGUGAAGAGGAAAGAGAGAUACAAUGAUGAGUGGAGAUUUUAUCUGGCCUCUAUCAAAUAUGAAUCAAAUUCUUACAGUGAUGCAGAAUUUUGGAUCGCUACGAGAAAUGAUUACGGACCUUUGGUUGAAGAGAAAUCAAAACCAACAAAAUUACCACAAAAGCCUUCGGUAAACGAAAAAUUUUUGAAUGCCAUUCAAAACCGUAUGUCAGAAUCCAAUGAUAAUUUCCGGAAACCUCUACCGAUAUUAUCAAUCAAGCGACCAGGAAAGUCAAUAUCGAAGAAAGAAAUUGAAGAAAAACGGUUGAAGCAAGAUGAAUCUGCUCCGUCAUCCAGUGCGGUUGUUAAUAACGCCAAAGUAGAGACUAGAUCUUCAAAAAGAAAACAGUCGGUUAUCAUCCUAGAUAACCAAUCAAUGGAAUGUUGUCCGACAGAAGAAUCUUCUGUUGCUUCUUAUGCUGACAAAAGUACUGAACCAAGGUCUAAAACUCCGCGUACUGAGCAAACCGAACAAACUUUAAGCUCAUCCGUAACAGACGUUGAUAAACGUACUAAAGUCAUCAAUAUUGAUGACGAAGAUCACUCUCAACUUGUUAAGAAACCCGAUCAAAAUAAUAGCAUGAGCCAAGCUAACCCUUCUAGCAACACAACGGAUGUGUCAAUGACAGCAGCGAAACCUUCUACUGCAGCGGAACAGAGCACUCAGCCGAAUCAGUACAAUCAUCAAGAAUAUAUUCCAGACAGAAGUUCAUUAUCAAACUUUCAACUACAGAUUAAGAAUGUUCGAUCUCUUGCAAAUGUUGAUGAUCACAAACAACUCGUUCAUGACGUUCCAUGUCAGAAACUUUCUACCUCUUAUGAGGGAUUAGACUCACUCAAAAUUUCUGCUCAUCUAUACAGGCACAUGAACGGGGGUCGACGUUUAAUACCGAUUCAAAAACAAGUUGAAAAAAAAUUACGUCCCACGAAAAUGGAAAGAAAUUUGGCCAUUGCCACACAGAAUCCAUCAAAUUCAAUCGACCAAACCAGACAUUUGUUGACGCGCUCAGUAGAACAACCACCAGUGGUUACUCAGAAUCAAUCUCAAAAUGAUCCACGAGUUUCAAGAACGCACACUGGAAAUAACAGAGACCAAAUAGCUCGGCUCAGGAGCAUCGGAAUGACCCCUCAAGAAAUUAAUGGAACUAGAAUGAAUUUGAAAACACCGACCGAUUUGGCUGCUGUCGAUCCAAGAAAUGUUUUUCAGAGUGUCAAUAAUGCUGCAGCUAUUUCACAACAGCUUUCAAGCUUAUCUCAUAAUCCUCCUAGCUAUAUCCGAGUAUCAGAUGGACAUCAAAAUUCGGUAGCGCAUGAACAAUAUUAUGCGCACUCUUAUCAAAAUCAAUAUCUACCGACCAAUCGAGAUAACUUGCAACAAGAACGAGUGCAGGGUUCUUCAGAAAGCAACACUUACGAUCAUCGACCUACAUCUCAAACUAUCAAUAUGAGGAUUCCAUCAAUUAGACAAAAUUCAAUACACUUUUCGAAUCCGACGUAUCAGACUCCCGAGUUUGCACAACAGAAACAGAUGCAGCCAAAUCAGUUGGAUUCACAGCAGCAACCGCAGAGACCCAAACUACGUAUUGGCAUCUCCAUCAAGCCUAAAAACAGAAAACAAAUGCCUUCUCUCCAAGGAGUCACUAAGAAAACGCCACCACCUAUUUUGACAAAUGCUCUGAAUUCAAUACGGCAAAAACUAUCAACUACUCAUAAUGACUUCCUUUUGAAUAAUCCACAACUGCAAGCAAGAAUGAGUCCACGAUUUACUGGAGAAAACAAUGUAGACUUAACAACCAGCCCGCAGAAUAUCAUAGCAUCAGAAACAAGCGAAAGACAAAACACAGAAUGGCCUGGUCACCCAAUCUACCAACCAUCAAGAAUACAACAUACAACAGCCCAUGAAAACAGAUAUCAAAACCUAUACAGGCAGGAACAGAUAGUUAACCAUUCUACUCAAACGAAUUCAGAAACGAAACGAGUUCCUUUUAUGGAUGACGCAACUGGGUUAUCUGUAACCGGAAGUCAUCUAAACGUCAUGGAGAAUGCGUGUCAAACAGACGAGUGCAUGGUAGACGAAACUCUGUCACCGUAUCAUGCAGUAACUUCAGAUUCCGAUGCUGUUACGGAUCAGGAAGUAAUCUCAGAUCAUGAGAUGUCAACAGACGAGGCACCUGCUGAAACAACGAACAAUGUCUAUGGCACUGCUAAUGAUCCUGGGCAUGGUUCGGCAGAUAGACCGACAGCUGCCCAAAACUCUACGUCAACGAACCAUCAGACGCAUCGGAAAAUUAUUUUAGAGCAGCAAAUGUUGGACAACUUUGCUACCCUCUUCACUCAAAUGGGCUCUACUUUGUGUUAUACAACUGACAUGUACAACACCUUACGGAGUUCAAUCCUCGAUACUGCCAAGACAUACAAAAAGUUAUUGGGUGCCGUCGAACAAUUUAACACAGCGGGAAACGCAGCUAGCAACGCAUCUCCCUCGAUCAACUUGAGACCAGAAAGUCCACGGUCCCCUGAAGAAAGACACACUAAAGUUACACCAAGUGCUAGUUUUAGUAAUCAAGAUCAACAUAGUAAUGAUGUUGCUAACAAAACGCCGAAAAAAAAACACAACAAGUUGUACCGGUUCGUUCUACCACCGGAAUAUGAUGCUUAUGAUACAAGAUGGACAUUAAAGUAUCGAUCAAAUCUGCCGGGACUCGUAGAACUUAUGCCCCAAAGUGGUGUUUACGUCAGCUACGGAGACCUCAAAUACUGUCAGCAAGUAUCGAAAGAUUGCAAAUCAUUAGCUCGACGAUUAUUACCACAAGUCUUUAACAGAAAUGCACUGAGUGUUUGUUCAUCAAUGAGUGAGAAAGCGCAGGCUUCUAAUAAUGUUGGCUCUACUAUAAGGCCAGAUUUAGAUGAUCAUGCUUGUUCGGUGCUGUUAAAUUUUGUAUUACAACAUGGGCUCCAACGUGGUUGGAAUACUGAUCUACAACCUAUCCUCAGUACCUUACACAGUAAGAUGCAAGAGAUUCGGUUUAAAUAUGGUGUAAUGGUUGAAUGUUAA